CACACAUUCUUACAGGUUGAAAUACAGAGGUUAUAAAUACCAGUCUCGGGGUUGUUGAGAACCCUGCAAUAGCAGUGGCAUCAUGGUAUGUUCAUGUUGUUGGGUGGCACAAGAAUACUUUCCCAGAUGUAGGUAAUUAAUCCAAUUUUCUUCUUUUGUUUUGACAGGUGAAAUAAAAUUUCAAAAUGAAAUCCAUGGUGAACAGCACAGAAGUGCAUGAGUUUAGACUCCUGGGGUUGACUGACAUCCCAGAGCUGCAAGUCCCUCUCUUCAUAACAUUCACCUUCAUCUAUCUCAUCACUCUAAUUGGGAACCUGGGAAUGGUUGUGUUGAUUCUGCUAGACUCUCGUCUCCACACUCCCAUGUAUUUUUUCCUCAGCAACUUGUCUCUGGUGGACUGUGUUUACUCUUCAGCUGUAACUCCUAAAGUGAUGGCUGGACUUCUCACAGGGGAUAAAGUUAUGUCCUUUGUAGGGUGUGUUACUCAAAUGUUCUUCUUUGUGGCUUUUGCCAGUGUUGACUGCUUCCUGCUUGCUAUCAUGGCCUAUGACCGUCAUGUGGCAGUGUGUAAACCCUUACAUUACACCACCACCAUGACGACCAGUGCAUGUGCUCAGAUGGUGGUAGGCUGCUAUCUCUGGGGCUUGGUUGAAUCUGCCAUCCACACUGGGUUCACCUUCAGUCUUUCCUUCUGCCAUUCUAAUGUGAUCCAUCACUUUUUCUGUGACAUCCCCCCAAUCCUGGCUCUUUCCUGCUCUGAUAUCUACAUGAACGAGAUUGUGCUGUUUAUCUUAGCAGCUUUCAAUGUCUUUUUUGCAAUUUUAGUUAUCUUGACCUCUUAUUUGUUCAUUUUCAUUGCCAUCUUGAGGAUGCAUUCUGCAGAAGGGCGGAAGAAAGCCUUCUCCACCUGUGCUUCUCACCUUACUGCUGUAACCAUAUUCUACGGAACUGUGAUCUUCAUGUACUUACAGCCCAGUUCUAGUCAUUCUAUGGACAAUGACCAAAUGGCAUCUGUGUUCUACACAAUAGUAAUUCCCAUGUUGAAUCCAAUUGUCUACAGUCUAAGGAAUAAAGAGGUUAAUAACGGUUUCAGGAAAGCCAUUGAGAAGAUGAAGACUCGGCUCAGCAUAUAAUUUUAAUUAGAAGGAGUAUUUAAUCUAUGUAGUUAAUCAGUUAUCUAUCAUGGUUAGCCUAGCACAAUUGUAA